AUGCUCGUCGACCUCGUCGAGUUCAAGGGCGGGCAGAUCCACGAGGGCAUCGCGCACUUGCUCGACGAGGAGCCCCUCGUCGAGGCGCGGGCGGCGCGCGGCGGCCGACAGGGCGGGCAGACGCCGCGCGCGGGGCGUGGCCCGCUGGAGGAGGUCCUUCGCGCCCCGAAGCUCAAUGAUGGCGGCGCCGACUCGCCGGGGGAGCUCUUUGCCGAGGCGGUCUCUUCGGCGCCGGAGUGGCGCGCCGAGUUCCAUUGGCGCGUCGCGCAGCCGUGCUAUCAGCAGUGCCCUUUCCCGAAUGUUUUGCCCGAUUGUCUCGCCUCCCGGCGCCCGGCGCCAUGGGGGGGGGGGGGGCGCCUCGCCCGCGAGCUGCUCGCGGACGCUGGGAUCGUCGACGACGCGACCUCGGGGUUCAGAGCGGCGUUCGUGGCGGAGGUGGGUCAGGCCGCCACUGGCGGGGCUCUGUGCAUCCGCAGCUGGACGUUGCUCCCCGACGCCGCGUCUGUCCUGGGGAUGUCGGUCCGCGGCGUCGAGGGGCGCAGCUCGAUUUUAAUGUGGGUGGGCAGCGCGGCGCCCGGCGUCGAGCUGGAACUCGCGUCGAGCAGGCUCGCGCUGAAUAAUAAGAAAUUGGGCAUCAUUGGCGGCGGCCAAUCCGCCGGGCCCGCUCGUCGAGACGCGGAGGAGACGCGGGGCCAGCUGAUCGUGGACAUUGCGGGGGGCCGCGCCGCCGCCGAGGCGUUCUGCGCGUCCUUGCGGGGCGCCCCCAAGGGCGCCGCUGACGCAGACAGCUACUGCGCCGCGCUGCAGGAGCUGGCAACGCCCCGCUCUCAGGCAGUCGAGGAGGCCCUCGCCGUCGGGGGCGGCCGGGUGGACGCGGGCCGCCAUUCUUACUCUGGCGACGGCGCCUUCGCUAUCGCGGGCGCGGGGCCCGAGGGCGCCGGCAACGGAGGGCGCGAGGUGGAUCCGCAAAGCGGGGCUGCUGAUGUCGCCGCCGACGGGGAGGGCGAUUGGGGCGACGGCGGAGACGACGACAACGGCCGCGAUCUCCGGCUGUUCAGCGGCGAGGUGACGGACCAACGUUCUGGCGCGUCUUCCAUCCACGCAUUGACUGUGAAUCGCAAGUAUGGCGAGGGGGGCGACGACGUCAAAGAGUGGUUUCUCAUCGGAAGCAAAGUUGGCAGAUCGAUGUUGUGGGCGGCGCCGCUGUGCCAGAACCUUGAUGCAGUCAGCCCGAGCGGGCUGGGCGUCGUCAGGUUGCAGAGGCCGAUUGCACAUCGCAAGAUCCACUUGGUAGUUGGCCAUCUGAUCCAGCAGGCGGGUUCCCGCGGAAUCGGGAUCCCCCUGAGCUUCCAAACGGCGAAGCUCAAGUGGGAGAGCGCGUUCCAGGCGCCAGUCGCGGUUUAUGCCCCGCUGCAGCGCGCCGAGCAACGGGGGCGAUUGAAGAGGGCAGAUGCGGAGGCGGAGGCGGCCAGCAUGGCCAAGGCCCGGCGCGCAGGGGGCGACGAGGCCGACGAGGGCGGCGACUGCGACCAGGAGGGCGACGGCGAGGACGCCGAGGGGGAUACCGAGAACGCCGAGAUCACGAAGCACCUUGUCGCCAUGGGCCCCAGCGAGAGUCAGGGCUUGGAGGCUGAAUGCGGCGGCCGCGGCGCCAGCAUCGACGAAGUCGUCGGGGCGGCGAAGGUGCGCGUGGAGAUGGGGGGGGCGAAGCCGAGGGCGACGACGCCCGCGGGCGACAUUGCCAGCCUCGGCCUCGCGUGGCGGCCGACUGCGAAGACGGUGGCGACGGCGGCCGAGACGCGCGGCUCCGUGUCGCGC